GGGGGAUCUGCUUCCGGGUGGGCCUUCCUGGUCGCGGUUAGGAGCGGCGGCGGCGGCGGAGAGUGAGCUGCGGUGGCCGAAGAGCCUCGGCUGGAGGAAAGCCGAAGGACAUGUCCUCCGAAUCCAGCAAGAAGCGGAAGCCGAAGGUCAUUCGCAUGGAUGGAGGGCCACAGGAAGGCAAGAGGAGCAGAUCGGACCUUGAUCAGGAUGCCAGGUACUACAGCGAAGAGGCCGAGGUGGAACUGCGAGACCCAAACCGAGAUUACGAGCUGUACAAACAGACAUGCCAGGAUCUUCAGAGGCUGAUGGCGGAGAUCCAGGAACUGAAGAGCAAAGGGCACAAAGACAGUGCCGCGGAGAUCGAAGAGCGACGGAUCCAGAGCUGCGUCCACUUCAUGACUCUGAAGAAGCUCAACCGCUUGGCUCAUAUUCGGCUGAAGAAGGGGAGGGACCAGACUCACGAGGCAAAACAGAAAGUCGAUGCUUAUCACCUCCAGCUCCAAAAUUUACUCUACGAAGUGAUGCAUUUGCAGAAGGAGAUCACAAAGUGUUUGGAGUUCAAAUCGAAGCACGAGGAGAUCGAGCUGGUGAGCGUGGAUGAGUUUUAUAAGGAGGCCCCUCCCGAAAUCAGCAAAUCGGACAUUACGCUCCACGACCCCCACGAGCAAACCCUCUCUCGCCUCGACUGGGAACUGGAGCAGCGCAAACGGCUGGCAGAGAAGUACGAAGAAAGUUUAGCCAACAAAGAGAAGAUCCUCAAAGAGAUAGAAGUGAAGAAAGAAUAUCUGAGCAAUCUCCAGCCUCGGCUUAACAGCAUCAUGCAGGCCUCUCUUCCUGUCCAGGAGUACUUUGCCAUGCCUUUCGACCAAGUUCACAAGCAAUAUGAAACAGCCAGGCAUCUCCCACCCCCACUCUACGUCCUCUUUGUCCAAGCCAGCGCCUACGGCCAGGCCUGUGAUAAGAAGCUGGCCGCGGCUAUCGAAGGAAACGUAGAGGAAGCCAAAGCUCUUUGCAAACCUCCGGAGGACUCUCAGGACGACGAGAGCGAUUCCGAUGUGGAGGAGGAGCAGACUACGAAACGUCGCCGACCAACUUUGGGGGUGCAGCUGGAUGACAAGCGGAAAGAGAUGCUGAAGAGGCACCCUCUGUCCGUCACCAUCAACUUGAAAUGUAAAGAUGGCAGUUUGCUGCUCCUGACCUUUUACUACUUGAUGAACCUCAACGUCCUGACCGUCAAGGCCAAGAUGACGGCAGCCACGGAGAUGACGGUGCCCAUCAGCGCUGGGGACCUGCUGUGCCCUGAUUCUCUUCUGAGCUGCCUCUAUCCUGGGGACCACGGAAAGAGGACCCCAAACCCCGCCAACCAGUUCCAGUUCGACAAAGUGGGCAUCCUCACCCUGAACGACUACGUGCCUGAACUGGGCCACCCAUACGUGUGGGUGCAAAAAUUGGGAGGCUUGCACUUCCCCAAGGACCAACCCCAGAACCCUGUGGUCGCCGAUAACUCGCUGAGUGCUAGCCACAUGGAGAGGACCAUGAAACUGCUCAAAACGAGGUUGGAGUCGCGCCUGGCCCUUCACAAGCAAUUUGCUUCCCUCGAACAUGGCAUUCUGCCCGUCUCCCCUGAGUCUCAGCACCUCUUCCCCACCAAGAUUGUGUCGCAUUUGGUGAAGUGGAUGUCCCUCACUUACGAAGAUUACUUGGAGCUGCCUUACACUAAAGACGUGGUUGAGUCCGGUUUGGCCGAAGAUACUCACCUCUAUUACUUGGCCCUGAUCGAAAGAGGCACCGCCAAGCUCCAGGUCGCCGUGGUUUUGAACCCCGGCUAUUCCUCCAUCCCGCCCGUCUUCAGCCUGUGCUUGAACUGGAAAGGAGAGAAAACCAACACCAACGAUGACAACAUUCGGGCCAUGGAGAGUGAGGUCAACGUCUGUUACAAAGAACUCAGCGGCCCCAAGCCGGGCUACCAACUCCUCACCAACCAGUUGCAACGCCUUUGCGUUGUCCUGGAUGUGUACCUGGAGACGGAGACGCACGACAACAGCGUGGAGGGGCCUAAGGAAUUUCCCCAGGAGAAAAUGUGCCUGCGCUUGGCCAGGGGGCCCAGCCGGUUGAAACCCUUCAAAUACAACCAUCCUCAAGGCUUCUUCAGCCAUCGCUGAGCCCAGCAGCAGCAGCUGCGAGUCCCACUAGGCCACGCUUCCCAAGCGAAGGGAAUUAUUUUGGGGUCUGGAACUGAUGCAUUUCUGAUGGAUUUCAGCUUCGUCCUGCUGAAGCCACGCUGGAGAAGAGAAGCCAAGCAGCCAUUCCUCCCAUCUCUUGUGGAAAUCGUUCCGAAGGCAUUAAAAUUGAGUAAAGGGUACAUUUGAAGUCCUUACGUAUUAAAUAUUUUGAACCAAUAAAGGAGGAUAUUUGUA